GCUCAGUGGAGCUGAAUGAACAACGCAGAGGUGGAUUUUAAUGUUCAGAGAGGAAUGACAGGAGGAGGGAGCAAGGUAGCUUUCUCGACAGCGCCUCGAUGAUUGACGGAUAAAGACAGGACCCCAGGACCAAGGUCAAGAGGAUGGCUCACAGCGUGAACUUUGACUCAAAUCCCCACUACCUGGAGGCAGGAAUAGAGAGCCCUGCAGAUGAGGAAGGUGUUCAUAAUUCUUUUAACCAGCUGAUCCAGGAGCAGAGCCAUGAUCUGCGGCGUCAGUCACAGGACAUUGAACUCAGUCAGCUGGACCUGGAAGAGGAAAGCAGAGAUAAUGUUCCAUAUCUUGCCGGUCCCGCCCACUCCAGAGCUGCUCUCCCUGAGGAUCACCGCCAAGUAGACCCCCUGAUUGGGGAGCGCUGGUCCUCUGCCACACUCCGAAUACUCUCCUCUAUGCCCAGUCGCACGAUAGGGCGCAGUCGAGGGGCAAUCAUCUCUCAGUACUAUAAUCGGACCAUGCAGCUGAGGAGACGCAGGCAAAGCAGACCCGACAUACGCAACUUCUCUCGCUCUGCUCGACCCAGUAUCCGUGGUUACGGUGUGGAGUCAGAUGAAAUAGAUGGAGAGGCAAUCAAGAAGGAGCGACUGGUGAAUAACCUGCAGAACCUGUCUGCCAGUGACAGAGUGCGUAUGCUAAAGGGCAUGCCUCUCCACCUGGCUGAGAAGAGAGAACUCAGGACAUUGGCCAGUAAAGCAGGCUCACACUCCUCGGUACUCAAUCAGAUUCCCUGCUGCAGCCAACUCAAGUAUUACCUUAUCAUUGCUCUGAGGCAGGGUUGGUACAGCUGGCUGUCAUUCCUGUCCUCUCUGCAGCUUUGGCAGAUAGCACUGAAGAGAGUAAGCGGCCGUUUUGGCACGGGGGUCGUCUCUUACUUUGUCUUCCUCAGAACUCUCCUCUUCUUCAACAUCUUUCUCUUCCUGGUCACCGGGCUCUUCCUGGUGGUCCCUCAGGCAGUGCGGCCCCCUGUCUUCAAUCACACGUCCGACGGGCCCUCGGGACUAGAGCUGAUUACAGGGGCGGGUUACUUUACAAACUCAUUGAUGUACUAUGGCUACUACACUAACAGCACUCUUAGGAAGAGCUGCAGAUCUGAAACUUCCUUGCAAGCUGUGAAUCAGACAAGCUGUGAAAAGCCUUUGUCCUAUAAUAUGCCUCUGGCCUACUUUUUUACCAUCGGCGUUGCCUUCUUCGUCACCUGCCUCAUCCUCGUUUACAGCAUGAGUAAGUCGUUUGGUCAGAGUUUUUGCAUUAUUAAAUCAAAAGGAAUCCUCGCUAUGAAAGCUUUCAGUUCCUGGGAUUUUAAAGUCACUAAGAAGACAUCCAUUGUUCUACAGUCAGAGAACAUCUGUACUCAGCUCAAAGAGUUACUGGCAGAGGUGAACCACGGAAAGGAGAAGACCACUGCGUUGGAGAGAAUUCUUAGGCUGUCAGUCCACAUGCUGGCCUGGACCAUAUGUGUGUUUGGCACAGUCGGCUGUGCCCUUGGUGUUUACUACUUUUCUGAAUAUAUGCACAAGGACCUACAGGACCGUGCGCGCAGCACUGACAGGAGCACUCGCAGUAUGUUGGUUAAAGAGGCCAGUCUGUUGGCCCUUCCUGUGGUGGUGUCCAGCAUUAACUUGCUGCUGCCAGGCUUCUUCAACCUGGUGGCCUGGAUGGAGGUGUAUGACUCACCCAGUGUACGCAACUAUGUCUCCAUUGCCAGGAACCUUAUGUUAAAAAUCUGUGUACUUGGAAUGCUGUGCUACCAUUGGUUGGGACGGAUAGCUUCUGACCCAUCUAGUCUUGGACUGCAGUGCUGGGAGAGCUUUGUUGGACAGGAGCUUUAUCGCUUUUUGCUCAUGGAUUUUAUUUUCACACUCCUGGACACUUUCUUUGGAGAAUUCCUGUGGAGGUUGUUUUCACGGAGAGUACUGAAGAGGAAGAGGAAACCAGUGUUUGACAUUGCCAGAAAUGUUCUGGAGUUAAUUUAUGGACAGACACUGGCUUGGUUGGGUGUGCUGUUCACACCUCUGUUACCUGCUGUGCAGAUCCUCAAACUCCUCAUCCUGUUCUAUGUCAAGAAGACCAGCCUGAUGAUGAACUGCCAGGCUUCACGUAAACCAUGGCGUGCCAGUCAGAUGACCACCAUCUUCAUCACUUUGCUGUGUUUUCCCUCCUUUCUGGGCUCUGCUGUGUGUGUGACGUACGCCAUGUGGUCGAUCAAGCCCUCGAAGCAUUGUGGUCCGUUCCGUGGUCUGGAGAAGAUGUUCCACUCAGGGAAGAAGUGGAUUGAUGAGCUGUCCGAAGCCGACCCCAAACUGAAGUGGCUCAGCGGUCUUCACUCCUAUCUGGUGGAGAACCCUCUCUUCCUUUUCAUCGCUGCUACUGUUUUCCUAAUAGUGAUUUACUUCCACACCCAAGUGGUUGAUGGACAGAGACAGAUCAUUAGUCUUCUGCAAGAGCAGAUUGAAAAUGAGGGGGAAGACAAAAAGUUUUUAAUCACCAAAUUGCAGUCUAUCCAUGAGCAGAAAAAACCUUUCUCCCCACGGCGAAUCAGAGGAGCGAGUGAGGAUUCCAGUUACUCUUGACAGCCCUGCCUAAAGACUCUGCGCUUUCUGAACAUGCCAGUGUAACUGCAGACUCUUGUGGUUGAGUAUUCCCAUGUCUAGAGAACUGGAAAAUUCACUUCUGUCAGAACAGCUCUGCCUCUGAGAGCUGUGGAGCCUCAGGCAGAGAGAGCAGGCUCCUACAGGCACCUCACCAACAUCUCAAGACAUAUGAACAGGAGAAAACAUUCCUUCCAUUUCAAACAACAAACCUCUGGACUGGGAUAUAACACUGCCUUUCACCUUCCCUCAUCAGCAAUACUGCUCUGACUUCCAUUUAAGAGUCGCUCUAUUUUCCUGCAGCAACACACGUUACGGAAAAUUGCUCUGACGUUUGUCAUAUUUUAUCACAGAGGUCUUUUUAAUGUGAAAUGCACAGAAUCCAUGUCACUACUUUUACAUGAUGUGCUUGUCAAAAAGGGGGAGACAAAGAUUUACACUCUGUGUAAGAGUAGCAUUCAUUUAAAGACUGCUUCGCUCGUCCAGUUGAUAAUGAGCAACGCUGCUCCCUGUGUGUUAACGUUCUGUAGAUCUGAAGAGACUUUGCUCAUGCUAAAAUAGGAAUGUGUUUUUAAAAGGAAAACCAGGGUCAGAGUAUACGGUUACAGUACAGGGCCAAAACUGGACCGAUUUGUUUCACCCAGCAAAUCUGGCAAACUUCACAAAGCAUUGCAGCCUGCUUAUUAGCAAGCACUGGAAUAAGGAACCAGGCAAAUGCGACUCGUAGCUAAAUCUGUGAGAAGAAAAAGUCAGUGUGUAUUAUAAUUAUUAUUAUCGUAUAACAAUAGUCAUUUUUUUUAAUGUGUGUAAAAAAGUGUAUUCUGAUUUAAAUUUUAUAUUUUAUAAGAUAAGCACUUUUAUAUCGACUGUGAAACAAAAAGAGUAUCUUUUACUGAACAAUACUACCGGUUUGUCUUCACCAUACUGCGUUGGCUCUGAUGUAUGUGUUUUAAUAUCCUGAUUGAGAAGUGGCCAGUUGUGUGACUGUUUGAGGGUUUGUUUUU